CACUGUAUCCAGUGGACAGUGUAUCAAGUGAGAAUGUAUCCGUCUUGUAUCGGCGUCUGCUCCAUGGCCCUACACUCGCCGCUCCGCGCCUUCCCGGCUCUCAAACGUGUUGCAGGCUGGAGAAACCACCGGCUUCAGCCCAAGAGAUGUAUGAAUAGGGUCGUUACAGAUGCUCUGAGCGCUGUAGCAGGAGCUGACAACAUUUCCACAUCAAGUGCCGUCCUGGAGCAGCAUGGAAAAGAUGAAUCAUACCACGGGUGCAAACCUCCAGAUAUCGUGGUGUGGCCACAGAAUGUGGAGCAGGUCAGCAGACUGGCUGCAAUAUGUUGGGCGAACGACCUCCCCAUCAUCCCCUUUGGUACAAGCACAGGGCUGGAAGGAGGCGUCGCUGCCCUGCGGGGAGGUGUGUGCUUUGACCUCACAAAGAUGGAUAAAAUCGUGAAGCUCAAUGCAGUUGACUUUGAUGUGACAGUGGAACCAGGAGUCACCAGAAAAAGCCUGAAUAACUACCUGAGAGGCAGUGGCCUCUGGUUUCCAGUGGAUCCGGGAGCAGAUGCUUCCCUAUGCGGAAUGGCCGCCACCAGCGCCUCGGGUACGAAUGCGGUGAGAUACGGCACGAUGAGGGAGAAUGUGAUGAACAUGGAAGUGGUGCUGGCAGAUGGGAGGAUCAUGUACACAGCAGGAGCACAACGAAGGGCAAGGAAGACAUCCGCCGGGUACAAUCUGACUAAUCUCUUUGUGGGCUCAGAGGGAACGCUGGGAAUAAUCACCAAGACAACACUGCGUCUCCACGGGAUACCGGAAUCCAUGGUGUCUGCAGUCUGCACGUUCCCGACAGUGCAAGCUGCUGUGGAUUGCACGGUGCAAGUGCUGCAGUAUGGCAUUCCCAUAGCAAGGAUAGAGUUCCUGGACGAUGUGAUGAUGGAUGCUUGUAAUAAGUUCAGCAAACUGAAUUACGCAGUGUCAUCAACGCUCUUCCUGGAGUUCCAUGGUACUGAGAAAAGCCUGGCAGAGCAGAUCCAGGUGACAGACGAAAUAAUGAAGGCAAACAGGGGCUCUGAUUAUAUUUGGGCCAAAGAUCAAGAAGCUCGGGAUAAGCUUUGGCAAGCACGGCACAACGCGUGGUACGCUGCACGUGCCCUGCGGCCGGGCUGUAAGGCUUAUUCUACAGACGUGUGUGUUCCACUCUCAAAGCUACCUGAAAUCAUAGUGGCUACUAAAGAUGACCUGAUACAGUCAAAGCUUACAGGACCUAUUGUAGGUCAUGUAGGAGAUGGCAACUUCCACUGCUUGAUGACGAUGGACCCAAGGGAUAAGGAUGAGGAGAGAAGGGUGAAAGGGUUUACUGACAGAUUGGCCAGGCGAGCUCUGGCCAUGGAUGGCACCUGUACUGGGGAGCACGGCAUCGGCUUGGGCAAACGGCAUCUCCUGACUGAAGAAAUUGGUGCUGUCGGUAUGGAGGUGAUGAGAGGAAUUAAGGCUGCAUUGGAUCCAAAACAAAUUAUGAAUCCUGGCAAAGUGGUGUAGAGCAUUUGAAAGGGAAUAUCCUUUCUCUGGCCAAAGAUUUCCACCUCCCAACAAUCUGCGAGUUGGAAUGUGAAUGGGAUUUAUAAAUGGACACACAGAACUUCCUUAUAAAGCCAAUGCAUGGGUA